AUGAGGAAGAGUCCGAUACCUCAAGGUCUAGAGCAGCCAACUCGGGUUUUGAAUUGGGGGAUGAGGAUGAGAAUUGCUGAGGGUGUAGCUGAAGGUCUGAUAUAUCUACACGACGUGCUAAAAGUGAUCAACCAAGACGUCAAGGCUGGGAAUAUUCUACUUGAUGCGAACUUUGUGCCGAAGCUGACUGAUUUUGGAUUGGCGACUAAAGUCGUUGUAAACAGAAGCGGCGUUGAGAAGCGGAGCAAGAUCACUGAGUUGAAGGGAACUAUGGGAUACAUCGCACCAGAAGCAGAGCAGUCCCACUGGGUUUCGACCAAGUACGAUGUCUAUAGCUAUGGAGUUUUUCUGAUUGUGCUUUUCACCGGAAGGAGACCUUAUAAUCAGAAUCAGAAUGAAACUGUUCCUGAGGAUAAACGGAAACUCACUGAUUGGUUUUUGCGAGUGUGGGCUAGGUAUGGGGAUGUGCCUGAGGCAGCUGAUACUGCGCUCGGUAAUGCGUAUUCGGUCGAAGGUUUCAAGAGAAUAUUUCAGAUUGCGAGGCUGUGUAUUAGCGCAGACCCAAAGGCACGGCCUCCCAUGCGUGAUGUGGUAACGAUGGUUCGUCAAGCUGCAGUUUUCCCGGUCAGAGUGGUGCCCCUGGUGGAAAGGAGGCAUACGGUAUAAAGAAGUUUCCUC